AUGGCAUCAAAGAAGAACCAGGUUGUCCAAGAGGAUGAGGAGGACGUCAUUGUCCAGAAGAAUGACAAGGAAGAAGAUCCUGCAACACAGAAAAAGGAAAGCAUGACGCCAAAAGAAAAGGAUAAAAGUGGAUCUGCUACAUCCAGGAUUGAAACUGACCUUGCAAUCCCAGAAUCUGCUACGCUCAGGAUUGAAAGCUCAUUGCAAUCCCCAACAAAACCAAAAACCAAAGGUAAUUUGUCUAACUCUUCAGUUCCGGUUAUUACUAAUGCUUUCCUUUCUCCUAUGCCUUUUCCUCACAGAGUUGCUAAAUCCAAACAAGAAGAAAGCGACAUAGCUGUUUUGGAUACUUUUAAAAAAGUGCAUGUAAACAUUCCCCUUCUUGAAGCUAUAAAACAAGUGCCCAAAUAUGCAAAGUUUUUGAAAGAGCUUUGUACAACAAGAAGGAGAAUUCGAGAAAAGGAGGUUGUGAAGGUGAAUGAGAAUGUCUCAGCUGUUAUUCAAAGGAAACUUCCCCCAAAAUGCAAAGAUCCUGGAAGCUUCACCAUUCCUUGCGUUAUUGGUAACACUAGAUUUGAGAAUGCCAUGUUAGAUCUAGGUGCAUCUAUAAAUGUCAUGUCUUUUUCUGUUUAUGCAUCUUUAGGUCUAGGUAAACUUAAAACUGAUAACGUAAUUAUUCAAUUGGCGGAUAGAUCUAAGGCCUUUCCGAAAGGAUUGUUGGAAGAUGUGCUUGUGCAGGUUAAUCACUUGAUCUUUCCCGCGGAUUUUUAUGUUUUGGACAUGGAGGAAUUCACCAUAAACCCAACGCCACUUUUGUUGGGUAGACCUUUCAUGCGGACUGCUAGGACAAAAAUUGACGUCUAUGCUGGCUCUCUAACUAUGGAAUUUGAUGGAGAUGUGAUAGGCUUCAACAUCUUUGAGGCUAUGAGGUAUCCAGUUGAAUUUGAUUCAUGUUUUUCUAUUGACAUACUUGAUACUCUUGCACAGAAAGUUUUGGAAGCAAUAUGA